ACUCACCAGAAUGCAUUUCGGUUUCGUUCUUUUGCCUUCGUCAUGGCGGAGUUGAAGAAAGUAGAAAAAAAGGUUGAAAAGAAGGGGAGAAAGGAGCCAAAGGAUGCAGCCAAGAAUGUGAUGCGUGAAGUACGCAUUCGUAAACUUUGUUUAAACAUUUGCGUCGGUGAAUCUGGUGAUAGGCUCACUCGUGCUGCAAAGGUAUUGGAACAAUUAACUGGACAGCAACCUGUCUUUUCUAAAGCAAGAUAUACUGUGCGUUCAUUUGGUAUUCGCCGUAAUGAAAAAAUUGCAGUGCAUUGUACAGUACGAGGUGCUAAAGCAGAAGAAAUUCUUGAACGUGGAUUGAAGGUACGAGAAUAUGAAUUGAGGAAAGAAAAUUUUUCUGGCACUGGAAACUUCGGUUUUGGUAUUCAGGAACAUAUUGACUUGGGGAUUAAGUAUGAUCCCAGUAUUGGUAUUUAUGGCUUGGAUUUCUAUGUUGUACUUGGACGACCAGGUUUCAAUGUAGCUCAUAGAAGAAGAAAAACUGGAAAAGUCGGUUUUCAACAUAGACUUACCAAAGAAGAUGCAAUGAAAUGGUUCCAACAGAAGUAUGAUGGUAUUAUUAUAGCUGGAAAGAAGUAAUAUACAUAUUUUGUAUUUUAGAGUUCUUUCAUAAAAAUUUUAAAAAUAAA